AUGCCAGCCAUCGCUCGCAAGAUCCUCAUCUGCGCAGCGAUCGACGGGCUCAUCAUCCAGCCUCUCUCCUCCAAAGGCCAGCGACCCUUCCAGCCCGUCCGCAUCAAGUAUGGCGAUGCCACCGUCUCGCACGUCGCGCGCGAGCAUGUCCCCGACGCUCCCAAGCCCGAGUCUUCUUUCGAGGCUUUUGGGGUCAUUGGUCUCAUCACUGUCUCCAAGUUGAGUUAUCUCAUCACAAUUACCCGCCGUCAGCAGGUCGCCCAGAUCUGCGGUCAUCCAAUCUACGUUGUGACCGAAGUAGCCGUCACACCAUGCACCUCCAAGACGGGCGCCGACGAGUCCAUUCGGAGGACGUCUAGUCACCUAUCACGACAGGCUCGCGAUUCUGGUGAUGAGAGCGAUAGUAGCGAGGAAGAAGUCGAGCUUCCCUCGCGCACAUCGGACGAAGUCGAAGACGCUGUCAUUGAGGAUGAGGAUACCAGGCCAGACUCUGCCAGGAGCCGUGUCGCCGAGGACGUCAUCCGCAGGAGGGGUAGUUAUGGGCGUUUCGCCCAGCGAUGGUUCAGCCGUAGCGGUUGGACCAUGGAUCAGAAAAGGAUUAUGGGGUUGAGCAAUUCCGCGAGCGUUCCGGAAAUGGCCAUCGUUGACACUUCACCGAGCAAGACACCAGAUGAAGAACCUACGAAGGGGGCCCUCAGCGAGCCAGAGCUUCUCCCAAAACUGCUGAGAACUGUUCAAGUUCUCUUUGGCUCAUCACGGAGUUUCUACUUCUCGUACGACUUUGAUCUCACGCGUUCACUCGCCAAGAGAUCCGUGUCACCCAGCAAUGGCACGCCCCUUCAUGCCCAGGUGGACGACGUCUUCUUCUGGAACCGAAACCUCUUACAGCCCUUUAUCUCUUCUGGGCACGAUUCUCUGGCUCUACCUCUGAUGCAAGGCUUCGUUGGACAGAGGACCUUUGUCGUUGAUAGUCAGCCUCCACAAAUGGACGACACGGGCAAGGACUCCGUCGAGCUGUCCAAUCUCACGCCCUCCAAGUCCCAAUCGGACACUCCUCCACUUGAGAGCUCCAGAGCCUCAAUUGACCUCCGUCCCUCGGAGAGGAGAUAUCUCAUCACCUUGAUAUCACGCAGGUCUACGAAGCGAGCUGGUCUGAGGUAUCUCCGCCGCGGUAUAGAUCAAGACGGUUUCGUCGCAAACAUGGUUGAGACAGAGCAGCUUCUAUCCUCGCCUGCAUGGGACGCAUCCUCAAAGGUCUACUCUUUUAUGCAAAUCAGGGGUAGCAUUCCUCUCUUCUUCACACAGUCCCCAUACUCUUUCAAGCCAGUGCCCAUUCAGCAGCACUCCGAGGAGGCAAAUCGCGCCGCCUGCCACAAGCACUUUGAAAGCCUCUCUAGAAACUAUGGGCAGUUGCAAGUGGUCAAUCUUGUAGAAAAGCACGGUGUCGAGGCGUCAAUUGGCUCGGCUUACCAGAAGAGUGUCGAAGAGCUCAACAAAGAAGCAGGCGAGGGCAAGACAAUACCUUUUGAAUGGUUCGAUUUCCAUGCCGCCUGUAGGGGCAUGAAGUUCGAAAAUGUGAGCAUCUUGCUCCUCCAGCUGAGGCAAAAGAUUGAGAGCUUCGGAAGCACCGUCCAGAAGGAGGGCGAGCAGCUGAUCCAGCAGAAGGGCGUCCUCCGAACCAACUGCAUGGACUGCCUCGAUCGGACCAACGUCUGCCAGAGCUCGUUUGGGAAGCACAUGCUCGAGGUCCAGCUCAAGGAGGAGGGUUUCGACAUGAGCGCGCAGGUGGACCAGGAGACGGCCUGGUUCAACACCCUGUGGGCGGAUAACGGCGAUGCAGUGUCUAAGCAAUACGCGUCGACGGCGGCCAUGAAGGGCGAUUAUACGAGAACACGAAAGAGGGAUUAUCGAGGUGCCUUGAACGAUUUGGGUCUCUCUCUUGCUAGAUUUUACAGCGGAAUGGUCAAUGACUACUUUAGCCAGGCAGCAAUAGACUUCCUCCUCGGCAACGUCACGGCCAAAAUCUUCGAGGAGUUUGAGAGCGACAUGAUGACCAAGGAUCCUGCCGUGUCGGUGGUCAGGAUGAGGCAACUGGCGGUUGAGCUGUGCCAGAAGAGAGUGAUAGCAGACGAGAAGGAAGAGUUCCACGGGGGAUGGGUUCUCCUCAGCCCCAACGCGCCUGAUACUAUCAAGGCCUUGCCAUUGGAGGAAGUUGUCCUCUUGUUGACGGACGCCGCUCUCUAUCUUUGCCGCUUCGACUGGAAGUCGGACAAGGUCUCCUCCUUUGAGCGUGUCGAGCUCGGCAACAUCACGGGUAUCAAGCACGGCACGUACAUCACCUCGACCAUCUCUCUUUCUCACAUUGACGAGACCAAGAACGCCGGCUUUGUGGUGUCUUAUAACCCAGGCAAGAGUGAUUUUCGACGCACUAACACCCGAACCUUUUCAAGCCGUGGCGACAUGGCCGGCAAGGAGAACCCCUCUGGGCAGAAGGAUGCCAGCAUCCCAGCCAGCUUGGCCAACCUGCUCUCCAGCAAGCCGUCGUCGACAUCUAGCCUACGCCAGCUUGUCUUUAAGGCAACAUAUGUAGACUCUUCUGUGGCCGUCCUCGGGGACGAUGGCCCACGGCAAACCGAAACACAGCAGGUUUCCACCAUUUGCGAAGAGAUUGAGCGAUUGGCGCUGGAACGACAACUAGAGCGCCCAGGGGAAGAGCGCAAGAGCCUAGUCGAGUCCGGAGACAUUAUCUCUCUGGAAGAGGCGAAAAAGAACACCGGGUUGCUAGAGCAGCUGGGGCACUCGAUCAAGAAGAUGGUAUGGGCAUGA